AAGCCGGCGGCCCUGGCACGUGACCCGGGACCGGCUCGGUCGCUUGGUGGCUCGGUCUGUCUGUCCGUCCGCGGGUGCCAUCAUGGCGGACGCGGCCAGUCAGGUGCUCCUGGGCUCCGGUCUCACCAUCCUGUCCCAGCCGCUCAUGUACGUGAAGGUGCUCAUCCAGGUGGGAUAUGAGCCUCUUGCUCCAACAGUAGGACGAAAUAUUUUUGGGCGGCAAGUCUGUCAACUUCCUGGUCUCUUUUGUUAUGCUCAGCACAUUGCGAGCAUUGAUGGGAAGCGUGGAUUGUUCACAGGCUUAACUCCAAGACUGUGUUCAGGCGUCCUUGGAACUGUGGUCCAUGGUAAAGUUUUACAGCAUUACCAGGAGUGUGACAAGGCUGAGGAGUCAGGAUCUGGAAAUGUACAGAAAGAAGUUUCAUCUUCCUUUGACCGGGUUAUCAAGGAGACGACUCGGGAGAUGAUGGCUCGUUCUGCUGCGACUCUCAUCACACAUCCUUUCCAUGUGAUCACUCUGAGAUCUAUGGUGCAAUUCAUUGGCAGAGAAUCCAAGUACUGUGGGCUUUGCGACUCCAUAGCAACCAUCUAUCGGGAAGAGGGCAUCCUCGGAUUUUUUGCGGGUCUCAUUCCUCGCCUCCUCGGUGACAUCAUUUCCUUGUGGCUCUGUAACUCGCUGGCCUACCUCGUCAAUACCUAUGCACUGGAUAGUGGGGUUUCCACCAUGAAUGAAAUGAAGAGUUAUUCCCAAGCUGUCACAGGAUUUUUUGCCAGUAUGUUGACCUAUCCCUUUGUGCUUGUCUCUAAUCUUAUGGCUGUCAACAACUGUGGGCUUGCUGGUGGAUGCCCUCCCUAUGCCCCAAUAUAUUCUUCUUGGAUAGAUUGCUGGUGCAUGCUACAGAAAGAGGGAAAUAUGAGCCGAGGAAAUAGCUUGUUUUUCCGGAAGGUCCCUUUUGGGAAGACUUACUGUUGUGACCUGAGAAUGUUAAUUUGAAGAUGUGGGGCAGGGACAGUGACAUUUCUAUAGUCCCAGACGCACAGAAUUAUGGGAGAGAAUGUUGAUUUCUGUACGGUGUGGCGCGCUUUUUUAAUAAUCAUUUAAUCUUGGGAAAAUGGA